CCCGGACGCGGUGAUGCACGGGUUAAUGGUGACGUGGUGCUCCUGAAGCGGUGACCCGCGGGGCAGCCAGUGGGGGCUGCAGGGGGAGAUGAUGAGAAAGCCGAGGCUGAGGUCCUGUUUGGGAAGGAGGGCAGAAGACACCGCCGAAAUCAUUACCUUGCGCUUAUUUCCAAGCUUCAGUGGUUAGACUUCGCUUCUUCCGCAUUCACCUCCAACCUGCGCCUCAUUUGCGUUUACGCAUAGGUGACGGUUUAUCAGUGCAACGCCUCCCCGAAGGAAACCAGUGUUUUAACGUGUAUGUGUCCGCUGCACACUGCUGCUUUAAAUCGUCCUUUCUUUAGUCCAGAGCGACGCAGCGGAGCAGACUGAGCUCCCUUUCUGUGGAGCAAGAAUUGGGGAGAUAAAUUCACUUUUACGCACAAACUUGUCUGGACCGCUUGGACGCGAUCAAAGGCUGCGGGGCAAACGCGCAAAAUGCCUCGGACUAUUUAACGCCUGUGCUAAAUGUUUAUAGCGCUCUUACAAUUGAAGCCGUGUGUGCAUGGUCUGUCAUCCAUCGCACAAAAUGCCUCUGAAACCCUGGAGAGCGGCUAUGUAUAGGGUACACAUAUAGCAGGCGCUGGUGUAACCAGUGUUGAAUUUGGAAAAGGUGGGUAAACCGUGACCUCCAGACAGUAAUUAGGCCUAUCAUUUUCUAAACAACCGCCACUAUAAACAAAUAGCACUUCGAUUUCCAGAGAAGAGCUGAUUGCUCCUUUUCACGUCAGACUCGGAUUAUAUGUUUAAAAAAAAUACUUUAAAGAAAAAGUUGUUUUGUGUGGUGUCGUCUGCCUUUCUCUACAGCGCGGUAAUGGGUUAAGCACAUAGGCAGAAACAGAGCAGUGGUUACCAAAAAUCAACGUGGUUCACUUUGAUAAAAACUUGUGAGGGCUCGAGGAAGCGGGUGGGGGGAGGGAGGCAGUUUGGUGCAAAAUCUCACGCUGAAUAUCAGAUAGAUGCAUGUGGAAGGAGUGAAUGGCCUCCUCUCCUCCUCCUUUUCCACUUCCACUCAGAGAUCCGGUUCAGCACAAUCACAAAUGAAAACAAAACAGAUCAGAAAAAGGUGUGUGUGUGUGUGUGUGUGUGAGUGCGAGAGCGUGUGUCUCGGUGCGUAAAUGUGUGUCGAGGCAAUUGUGGUCGCCACCUUUGUUGGUGGAGAUGUGAGUGGGUGUAUUCCUGGUGUGUAACUCAUAAGCAUGCUUGAUGAUGUCCCUUUGCCCCCUCCCCUGAUUUAAAAAAAAAAAGAAGAAAGAAAGAAAAAAAAAGAAAGAAAAUACACGAAAGCUCUAGUCUCCAGACGAGAGUGCAUGGGAAAGAGAGGCAGGGAGAGAAAAGGGAGAGUUUCUCCAUCAAUUUUCUGUUUAAUGUCAGCGCUUCAGCUCCAUUGUGGGAGAGAGAGGGAGCGUCAUCCAGACAUAAAUUUGCUAUUAUACAGCUUGACGGAGACUCACAUCCACAGGAUCCGGGUGUUGUAUUCGGGAAAAUCCCUCGGUGGAUGAAUUCAGCAAAGAGUUAUCGUGACAUGACGGGGACUCAGUUUCUACACUGCAAAGCCAAAACUCCGCUCAAUGCGAGGGGAGCCCGAAGUUCAUAAAAGGGAUUAUUUGCAUCUGGGUGCCUGAAACCUUCGGUGCCUCCGGAUUUUACUUUGGAUUUGGGAUUUAUCGGUUCUCAUCGGGAUGGAAAGCCGAGAUUUCGCUCCUCCGCACCACCUCCUGACGGAGCGGAGCGCCUUGGUUCACAGCGCCGCGUCUCGGAUGGCGCCAGGCGGUCACGGCUCUGUGCAGCACCCGGCACACUUCCAGCCCGGGAAAUACUACUCAUCCCACCUCUCCAUGGGUCCGCACUCAGGUGCUUCCUUCAUGGGCUCUUUCCUGGCCAGCAGUCUGGGGUCCCCGCCCUCCCACCCUCCUCACCCCUCUGGACCUGCUGCGUCCCCCUCGUCCCCCUCCUACAGGGCUGGACCUCAUUCAAGUGCUUCCCCUAUCUGGUUCCCCCAUUCACAUGAAGGGUACCCCAGCUAUUCAGGAAGUCUUGCUUCUCCUUUUCUCCCCAUGAGUCCUCUGGAUCACCAUAGCAACAGUCUCUAUGGACAGCACCGCUUCUAUGAAACUCAAAAAGAUCACUUCUACCUACGAGGCCUUCCUCCCCAGCCCCCUCUGCUCUCAGCCAAUCACAGCCUUCCUCCACUGUCCAGGACCACGCCAGGCCACCCACUCGGUUCUUGCAGCAGGGAGACGGACAAUGGUGGAGGGGGCGGGAAGAGCACCAAGGAUGUGGGCGAGAAAGGGGUUUCAUCUGUGUCGAAGGAGAAGGAGCGGUCAGGCAGCAAGGAGCGGCACCAGGAGAGCAAAGACAAACAGCUUCAUCAUCACCACCUUCAUCAGACGAAUCCUGGCACCACUCCUUCUGGCCACCACCACCAAGCGUACUCUCACCCUCACCACGCCCUCCUUCCCCACCUCGCGCUCCAGAGCAGGGAGGACGACCACAGACACUCUCUGGAGCGACACAAGGAGUACAGAGACAGUGACUCGGGCAGUCAGGGAUUGAAACAUAUGAGUUCCUGUAAACUGUCCAGUGGCUCGGGGGCAGAGACUGGCUUGGGCGGAAAGGGGGGAGCGCUAAACAGCUGCAGUGGAGGUGGGCUGGGCAGACCGCCAUCUGGAGGCAACAGGCGAUGCUCCAAAGAUGGGCCCAUAAAUGGGGAGAUGAGGAUCAGUGAAUCCUCGUCCUCCUCAUCUGAAUGUAUGCGGCGAGGGUCGGCUGCGGCAACAGCAAUCUUGGCUCCUCCAGCUCCCCACUCUGUGGCUUCCUACUCCAUGCCUCCCCCUCCCCCUCCGCCACCUCCCCCCCAUGCCUUGCACAUGGGCUCUACUGUCGCUGGAGGGUGGCUGCACCAUGCCCAUCACCAUCCACAUCCCGAGUUUUACUGUCCUCCAGCCCCUCUUACUAUCACAUCCUCCAAAGAUCCAGCAUCUACCCCUGCAGGGUCUGGCAGGGAGGCAAAGGUCAUUGGCCCAACUUAUGUUCCCUCAGUCGGGCCUCUUGGGGAUCUGGCAGCCCCCGAUUGCCGCGGAGCAGGUGGGGGUGGGAGAAAGCCAGAUGACAAGAGUGGAGAAGGUUACGAAAGUCCCUCUCAUCACCUCAGCCGACUUAGCAGUUGCCAGAAGAAGGACAAAUCCCAGCCACACCAGCAGCAGCUGGGAUAUGGCAAAGCUGACAGACCCCCCGACUGGGGCCACCAGACAAAUCACUUCCAUAAACCCGGCUCCAACGUGAGCUCUCAGCCUGAACUGCGGUCUUGCAGCCUGGAGACAUCCUUCAGAGGUGUUGAGGUUGUGGACGACGUGUACCGACCCUCCCUCCCACUGGAUGCCCAGGAGGCACACCCUGGUGCCGGGCAGGGUGCGUCCAAGAAUGGUCCCAGCAACCGCACAUCUCCCUUCAGAGGUUGUUCCCAUUCAGGUCCUGAUGGGAAGGUGGCGCCGGGGGCAGUGGCUCAGAGGGAGGGGCAGAAGGUUGCGAGGAUACGACACCAGCAGCACAGCAGCCACGGAGCAAGCGGAGAAGAGAGGGGACGCGAGGAAAGUCAGACGGCGCCUUCCUGGGGGGUCCGAGGUGGCCUCCAAGAGGACCAGAGAAAAGGCACCCAUCAUGCAUCCAUCGGUAAAGGUGAAGUAAGAGGGUUCAGCAACAGAGCUCCGCACAUUGACCACAACCAGCCACAUUCUCAACAGCCUCCGCCUCUAUCCCGCUCCUCUUCACACACCACUGAGGGCGAGGGCAGUGCCAUGAAGAACCUAAUGAACUACAGCUCCCAGCAGCCUUCGCUGCUACCACAGCGGAGCCCUUUCGGAGGUCUGGGCUGCAUCAAGCAGGCCGGGGAUAGGUCAGAGAAAGGGGACAGAGGAGCUGCUAAAAGCAGCAACUCCCAGCAAGAACCUCCCAAACAGUCGCUCCCUCCUCGCAGAGGCUCCACUAAUGAGGGAGAGAGAUGUGACAGGGGUGGGAAGGAGGCAGGGGAAGCAGGAGAGGGGGAGGUACGACAGCCUCCAGUGGGCAUUGCAGUUGCAGUAGCCCGGCCCCCUCAUCGUUCUCCAGACAGCACCCCUGGACACAGUAGACAGGGCAGGGUGCUGCCCAGCAUGAAAGGGCUGUCGCGCCCCGUGUAUCCACUUGGUCGGGAGGCAGAGGAGAGGAAGAGGAUGACGGAGGAGCAGAUCAGUCUUCAUCACCUGGACAGAGACAGAGAAAUGAUCAUCAGGGAAAACAAGGACUGUGUGGAGUUCGCCAGGAUUCACCCUUCCAGUAGUUGCCACGGUGACCUGACCUCUCACCUCUUGGUCCCUGGAGGAACAAGUCAGUUAGGAGCGGACCCCGCUGCUCAUGCGCACCCAGCUCACCACCACUGGAUGCAGAGGACAGGAAGUCCCUCCCUCUGGAUGGGACAUUCAUACAGUUUGAGCCACGUGGGGAUGAGCCCUGGCUUCCCACCAGGUCUUCCCAGCCCUCUGCAGCCUGUCUUAGGGUCGCUUACUCAAGACCCCAACUCCCCUCUUGUUGUUCUUCCAUCAGAACCCGGGCCUCACCAUCAUCUUGAUGUCCUGGAGCAGUCGGGUCUGUGGCCCCCUGUGUACGGAGGCAGAGGCCCUCCUCCCCACCUUCAGCAUCACCCCGUCUACUCCCGCUCCUCAUUCCUACGGCAACAGGAGCUGUACGCCCUGCAGCAUCAGCACCAGCAGCAGCAGCGAGCCAUGGAGCACAUGCAACGGCAAUCCUUGGGACAAAGAAAACACGAAGAGCACGCCAUCACCAUAGAAGACUCUCCUCAUGAAUCAUCAGCCUCCAGAACGCCUUCCUCUUCCUCUUCUUUGUCCACCGCCUCCUCCCACGCGGCCAAGCCCUUCUCUCACACUCCUCCCCCGCCAAAGACGUCCACGCCGUCACCGGGGAUGUGCCCCAGCAGCCGCCAGUCGCCCUGCUACCACUCCCCUUCCACGCGCCCGCACCCGCCAAAUCCCCUGACCCCUGCGCCCAGUCCGGCGGCCGCGGCUCCGCGCUCCCCGGCGCUCAGCCCCGCUCCUUCACACCUCCCCAAAGGCCUGGACAGGGGCAGCGACAGAGGAGAAGGGCAGCCUCCCCAGGACUACCCACAAUCCUUGGAGCCAGACCUGCCACCUGUUUAUACCUACCCUCCGAUCACCAUGGGUUACAAGGCCGGGCCCUCGCCCCCCGAAGCUCGACUGGCUGAGCAGCCCACGGUGGAGGAAGAGCCGGCGGAGCCUGACCUCAAGUCCCUCCCGCACCCAUGCCACAUCCAGCCUCUCACCGAGGAGGAAGAGAUACGGAAAGAAGACAGCCGGGGAGACUGCGAAGUGGUGGAAUCCCAGAGUGGAGUUGCAGACGAGGCGAGGAAGGAAACAAAAGGAUGCUCCAUCUCCGAGCCCCACAGCAAGAUUUCUGGAUUGCUGCCAUGCCCUUUCCCAGCUCCGGUCCCAGAUCCAGCCUGCCCAGCCACAGCCACAGGCAAAACCCUAAAAGUAGAGCUCUCUCUGGGUUGUACGGGCCAGAAGGCUGGCCCGGAGGAGCCCCAGCUAUCCAAAGAGCAGGCGGGUGAUGGCGAGCAUGGAAAGGAGGACAUGGAGGAGGAGCCCCAACCAACAGAAUGUACUGUUUCUGUGCCUGAAGAACUGGAGGUGGAGGACGACGGGCCCAAAGAGGGAGAGAAUGUAGAGGUGGUUGAGGAUGAGGGUGAGGAGGAAAGCAGCGGGAUAAGUCCCGGUGAGGACUUGGUGGAAUUGACGUGUAGCUCUCCUGCUCCUUCCCCGUCUGCCAACUCAGUCCUCCCUCCCACGCCAAACACAGCAGCCCAGCUCCAGGGGGCCUACAUGUGGAGCCUGGAGCUCCUGAUUGCCGCGGCCCUGUGCGCCACCAGAGAUGCCUUGUACCCACCGGUACCCGUUGACCAGGCCCCAUGCCCUGGACUGCACCACGGUAUGGAGAUACUGGGGGAGCUGGCCGAGCUGGAGAUCCAGCAGAGGAGCAGAGAGAGCAAAGAGAAAGACACUGAAGGUGAGGACAUGCUGACCUUUGACCUCCACAGUCUGGCUACGCUGGCGGCCGCCCGUGCCUUGGAGAUGGGGGAAGGGGCCGUGGAUGCAGGGGCCGACCGGCAGUGUCCAAUCAGGAAGAGGCUCAACCUGCGCAGGAAGUGCAGCUGGACGCCUCGCCACGAGCCGGUGUGCCCAGUGAAGGGCUCCAUGGAGACGAUGGGAGGGGAGGAGCUGGCCAUGCGUGUCCAGCUGGCUGAGCUACAGCGCCGCUACAAAGAGAAACAGAGAGAACUGGCCAAACUACAGAGGAAACACGACCACCAGAAAGAGGAGACGUCUCGUAGCCCCGCUCGCCGGAGGCCCGGCCGCCCCCGCAAGCGCAAGUCCACCCCCGGCCCAGCUGCUGCAGAGAGCUCCAAAAGACUCAGGGCUGGACUGAAUUUACUGGAGGUAAAGGCCAGGAAUUCAAUGUCCAAUCACAACUUCAACAGCCUCAGCGCUGCUCAGAUGAAAGCUCGCUGCAAGCACAGAGGCCGGCCCAGCGCCCUGAGCUCCAGGCUGGCCAGGCGGGUGACCCAGCUGAAGCAGAAGGCCGCGGCCCAGCGUGGCGUGCCACCGCCGGGCAUGCUCCGCUGCAGCGAGGGAAACGCCUCCAAGAGCCACUGCAGACAAGGAGGAAAAGACCUGCAGCAGGACCGGACGGGCGGUCAGGCCGUAAAGAGGAAGAGGGGCCGAAAGCCCAAAGUCUUUAUGGGCAUCAACUCGAACAGAGCCUACCACAAGGACAGCCGGGCCUCAGAGAAACGCGACGCGAGGGACGAGAAGAGUGACAGCGAGAGCUCAGAUCAUGGCAUGGGGAGUUUGCCCAGCAGAGACCAGAGGCGAAUGCCCAGGAGGCCAAACCUCACCAACACGGAGAGGGGACAUCCAGACCACAUGUCCAUGAACAGAGCAUCACUGCCCAGCUGGGGUGCGUCAUCAGUGGGCUGUAGCUUCGGGGACAGCCACGGCAACCACAGAGCUCUGAUAGACGCCAAGAGGAUCGGCAAGGACGACGAGAGGAAGGCCUCUGCGGGACAGGGUGUCCGAGAAAAGGGCCACGCCGUGAGCCGACUCCUGCAGAGCUUCGCUGCCGAUGACGGCUUUCGCCUGGAUGAAGAGAGCAGCUUCUCGGAGGGAGAGGAAGAGGACGAGGAAGAGGAGGAGUCAAAUGAGAAGUCGUUGAUCCACCUCCCCCCCAACAUGCCUUGCAGAAUACCUGCCCUGCCAAACUGCGUGCUGAGUAAAGAGAUGUUAGUGGAUGGACUGAAGAUCUUGAUCUCCAAGGAAGAUGAGCUGUUGUACGCCGCCUGUGUGCAAACUCUGGACCUGCCUGACAUAUUCAGUGUUGUCAUUGAAGGGGAGCGAGGAAAUCGCCCAAGGAUCUACUCGCUGGAGCAACUUCUACAGGAAGCGGUGUUGGAUGUACGGCCUCAGUCUGAGGCUAUUUUGACCGCAGGGACGCGAGUGUGUGCCUACUGGAGCGAGCGCUCCCGCUGCCUUUACCCUGGAUACGUACACAGAGGGGGUCCGGGAGAAGAGGAGAAGGAGGGCAGUGUGAUGGUGGAGUUCGACGAUGGAGACAGAGGAAGGAUCUCCCUCGUGAACAUCAGACUUCUGCCCCCUGGAUAUCAAAUCCGCUGUGCCGAACCCUCUCCAGCUCUUCUGAUCUCCCCUGGUCGGCGAGGUCGGAGAAGCUCCAUCCUAGAGAAGAAAGACACAGCCACAGAGAGGCCAGUCAGUGAGGAGUCAGGGGGGAGGCCACAAGAAAAAAGACCAGUUGGCAGGCCGAAGAAAAUCCACUCAGUGCCUAAGGCUGUCAGCACACCGACAUCAAUAACCCACACUGUAACAAAAGGCAACUCUUCCUUGCUGAACUGGUCCGUGCCCAAGAAGAGACCGCCGGUUGACUUCUUCCUCUUCAACGGGACGUCCCGGAAGACCCAGAAGAAGAUGCGAGAGCGGGACUUGGGGCUGUUUCAUCGGCCCGCCUCCCACUCUCUGACUCCAUCAACCCCCAUCAAAGGCAUCUUUGGCUCUCCCUUUGAAGUUGACUCAUUCAGUAGUAUUGCUAAUGGAUACUCUACCUUUGGCAGUGGCCACUCUGGAACGGGGCGACCGGUCACCUCAGUAGCUUCCCCGGGGCUUCGAGACUCCUCGUCCUCUUCUUGCGCCUCAUCUGUCACCAUGGCUAUGACAGCUGGGAGCAGGAAGCCCGUGAGUGAACGAGACAGGAAACACUUCCUGGUGAAGCUGGAUCAUGAAGGAGUGACCUCUCCUAAGACAAAGAAUAGCAAAGCCUUGCUUCGACUUGGGGGGACUGGAGGGAGAGGAGGGAAGAGCCUCACUUCAUCAGGAGCGCCGCUGCGAUACAUCCAGCCUUCCUUGCUGGUGAAAGAUGGCAAAAAGGGAGGAGGCGAAAGUGCUGGGGCCCGGUCUGAAGCCCUUCUAAAGGGUGUUCCUCCUCUGAGGAAGGAACUUCUCUCAGCUGGUCUUGGUGUACAAGGAGGGGAUUACAGUUUGGACUACCCCAGUGACUGCCCAAGCUCCUACUCUGAGCUGGAUGAGGACGAUGAGGACGAUGGUCGGGACGCUGAGGGCAGAAGAAGGAGCGCAGCCGUCACACCCCAUCCCCGUGGUCGUUUUCUAUCUCGUCCCUCCAUCUGCUUCUCCUCAUCUUCCUCCUCCUCUUCCUCCUCCGGCUCCAUCUCCUCUUCGUCCCUCUGUUCCUCAGACAAUGACUCUUCCUACUCCUCUGACGAAGAGUCCUCUUCCGUGCUCCUGCGCCGUGCGCUGCUCCAGCAGGACAAACAAAAACACAGGCAGAGCAUGAACUCUGACCUCCUGAGCCCUGACCCUACCACCUCCAACUCCUCCCCUUCCUCUUCUGCCCCGAUUCAUGGCUAUGUGGCCAAAGCCAACGUGCCCACCGCGGGGUCAAAGGGUAGGGGUGACAGAGCAGAAGACAGGAAGGAGUACAUUUCAAAAGGAAGCAUGCUGGCUAAGACCCAGCUGAAGAGGAGAGAAGGGGUUCCUAAUAACCACCAUCAGAGCCAAAGCAGUCCAGUUUGCCAGCAGCUGAAACAGUCAUCCAAGGACCCGGUGACAGCUAAGAAGCAGAGGAUGUCUUCACCUGAGCCCCUGGCCAACAUGGCUCCCCUGCUGCCAGGACGCCAGCUCUGGAAAUGGUCUGGAAACCCCACACAGAGGAGAGGUCUGAAGGGUAAAGCCCGCAAGCUUUUCUACAAGGCCAUUGUAAGGGGCAAAGAGAUGGUGCGUGUCGGGGACUGUGCCGUGUUCCUGUCACCUGGCCGGCCCCAGCUGCCCUAUGUGGGCAGAGUGGAGAGCCUCUGGGAGUCGUGGAGCUCCAGCAUGGUGGUCAGGGUCAAGUGGUUCUACCACCCGGAGGAGACUCGUCUAGGGAAGCGACACCGCGACGGCAAGAAUGCCUUGUAUCAGUCGAGCCACGAGGACGAGAACGACGUUCAGACCAUCUCCCACCGCUGCCAGGUGGUUAGCAAGACUGAGUACGAUCACCUGACGCGGGAACGCAAGCCAGGCAGCGUGUCCAAUGACCUCUUCUACCUGGCUGGAACCUAUGAACCAACCACAGGUCAGCUCAUCAGCCCAGACGGCAUGGUCAUUGUGUCCUAGCACCACCAGCUGGACGAAAAUCCAGACACUGACCCGGUCUCUGGAGCUGACUGCUCUGAGGUCCAGAAGAGAGCAGGGAACACAGGCAAAUCAAGACAAAGUAUUCUGACUGGGCUUUUCGAUUCGUCCCUCGUAGAAGAAGGAGCUGGCCCACUCGAUGAAGCCUGGCGAUACUGGCACUUAGAGGAGCCCGGGUUGUUCUGAGGAAAAGUCUGACCCACGUCAGAUUUGACCUCUUCAGCACAUGUGGACUGAGGCUCCCUGUUGCAUCGAGUCUGUCUUCGGCCUUCCCUGUGGCUGAAACAACUGCGACGAGAUCGCUGCAACAAAAGUACAGAAACCAAGGACAUGAGCACUUUGAAGUGAAGUAGCUUGGAUAUGUUAUGGAGACAUGGCUUUCUGAAACAAAGACUCAGAGAGCGGGAGAGACUGUUUGGGGUAAGGAGAGACUUGCCGUAAACCACACUGGUUUGUAUGGUUUUAAUGGUCUUAUACUGGUAGUCUGACUACGACAACAAGAGUGAAAGAUCCCCAACAGGACCAAUAAACACUGUAGUUCGGGCUGUGUGUUUAAAUGUAUGCGUGUUUGCAGAGUGGCUGCGAUGACCAUGUCUGGCAUUUAAUGAGCUCUAAGUAAAUAGUGCUUGAGUGUGUGUGUGUUUGUACUGUAUGUGUGCGUGCGUGCGUGCGUGUCGUCAUGCUCGUGUACGCCUGCGCUCAAGAUGUGGACGUCAUGACACACUAGUGGUUAUGGAUUAAUCAGUCCAGUACUUAACGUGCAGUUUCUAGUCCUAGGGGCAGAAACACAAAACGAAAAAAAACAAAAAACAAAAAAAAGUUUUUCUCCUUUCAAGCCAUACACAUCAAUACCUCUCUCUCUCGCGUCCUCCUGUUCGGACGCGAAGACACAUGUACAGGUAGUUGGAUUGUUUAUUUGAACUGCGCGUGCGUGUCGGUGUGCGUGAACAUGUGUGCCUGGGUGAGUGUGUGCGCUUUGUACAGCAUCAUGUGUAGAAUAACACGAUGUAAAUAGUAUAUAUAUUUGUUCUCGUUUCU